AUGCUGAAUGGCACCUCAGUCCCCAAAUUCAUGCUGCUUGGCUUUCCUGAGCUUCAGGAGUUCCAAUUACUGUCCUUCGUCAUUCUCCUCUCCGUCUAUCUCUUCAUACUCCUUGGCAAUGGCUUGAUCAUUGUCCUAUCCCAUAUAGAUAUGAGCUUGCGAUUCCCCAUGUACUUUUUCCUGAGGCAUUUCUCAUUCCUUGAGAUGUGUUAUACCUCAGUUACUCUUCCCCAGUUGCUAAGAAAUGUCCUCAGGGCAUCCUGUGCCAUCUCCUUCUGGACCUGCCUCACUCAGAUGUAUUUCUUCUUUUUCUUUGGCUCCACAGAGUUCCUUCUCUUGGCUGCUAUGGCCUAUGAUAGGUAUUUAGCCAUCUGUCACCCAUUGCAAUAUCCAGUGCUCAUGGACAGCCAUGUUUGUGUCUGCCUCGCCUUGGGUUCCUGGCUGAUUGGAUUUUUGACUCCCUUCCUGCCCAUAGCCUUCAUUUCACAGUUGCCAUUUAACAGCAGCAACCAGAUCAACCACUUCUUCUGUGACACGGGGCCCUUGAUUAAGCUCUCGACUGGAAAUACUUUUAUGGCUGACACAAUGGUAUUCCUGGUCUCCGCAGUGAUUGUUCUCAUAUCUUUCCUUCUGACAUUGACUUCAUACGCGCUGAUUGUUUCAGCCAUCUGCCAUAUCCCUUCUGUGUCAGGAAGGCAUAAGGCCUUUUCUACCUGUUCCAGUCACCUCAUGGUGGUUACUAUCUUCUACGGGACAGUAAUCUUCACAUAUCUCUGCCCUCAUUCUGAUCAGACUUUUGAAAUAGAAAAAGUUGUCUCACUGCUCUAUGCUGUGGUCACUCCAGUGUUGAAUCCAAUUAUCUACACCCUGAGAAACAAAGAUGUGAAAAGAUCUGUGGAAAAGAUCCUCUACCGUGUAAAGAACAAGCAAAGAAAAAUGUCAUAA